UGAAUUAAAACUAUAUACUAUAAUCUUUCAUACCUUAUAGUACCACAUUUUGUGCAUGGAUAUGCCUUCUUCAAGUUCCAACCAUCACAACCCUACCGGCCCUGCUACUUCUCCCUACAGAGGUGUCCGCAAGAGGAAAUGGGGCAAAUGGGUCUCCGAAAUCCGCGAGCCGGGGACCAAGACUCGGAUAUGGCUCGGUAGCUUCGAGACACCUGAGAUGGCGGCCGCGGCCUAUGACGUCGCGGCCCUUCACUUCAGGGGCCGCGACGCCAGGCUUAACUUCCCCGAGCUCACGGCCACCCUCCCGCGCCCUCUCAGCAACAAUGCCGACCACAUACGAAUGGCCGCGCAUGAGGCUGCCCUCAGGCUUAGGACUAACACUGCAUCGGUUGAGUCAGGUGAUAAUAUAUUAUCACCUGGCUCGGCCGCUGCAGUGCCGGUCACGGUGAGACUAUCCCCAACGCAGAUUCAAGCCAUCAAUGACUCCCCUUUGGACUCACCCAAGUCGUGGAUGCAAAUGCCUGACACAUUCAUGAUGGAUGAUUCAAUGAUGUUUGCAAAUAAUGGGUAUGAUCAAACUUUUGAUGAGGAAAAUGUGCAGUGGAAUGAUUCCCUUUGGGAUCCUUAGAUGGAUAAUUCUCAUUAAGGUUCAGGAUUAUUAUUUAUUCAGGGUAAGGAUGAUAUUUAAUAUAACUUAUAGUAUAUGGUAUAUAGUACAAUUUAAUUGGUCUUAGGUAUAAUAGUAGUAAUAUAAUGUAUUAUUAUUGGGAGCUACUUGUUUUGAAUUAAAUAUUUUAGGUGACAUAUUAAUAUUUGAGUAAGGGUGGAGGAUGACAGCAACUCCAUUUGAUUUAUGCGGUGACUUUAAUGACCAUAUGAAUAAGGUGGACUUGAAGAAGAAAAUUCAGAAUUUUGAAGUCAUUGCUUCCUAUUGUUUUCAUUCCUUCCUUUAUUUCAGGAAUUGAAUGAAGAAAACAUAAGAAACAGGGAGCUUUGUUUAGUGGUAGUUGGAUUUAAUUACUGCAAAAAAUAGGCAGUGGUUUACAGCUAAAUUAAAAUUGUUGAUCUUGAAGCAUAGACAUACCAUGUGUGCGUUAUAGCAAAUUUGAUUAACUGAGAUGAUGGAGAAGAAUAAUUAAUCAUGCAUCACAACAUAUAUAUGUUACUACUGUUUCAUUUAGAAUUGAAUUAAAUUUGCAAUUGUUUUGAGGGAAUGCCAUUUGUAACUCUUGCCACACAAAGUAAGGCAGUGUUUUUGGAGGGUCCCAUUAAUGUAACUAUCAAAGUAGGUAGUGCUUUGGGGUAAUGAAAAAAAAAACAUAUAUUUAAUAUUAUUAAGAGUUUAUUAAGUGUUAUAAUGUUAUGUAUUGUAUUGUAUUGUAGUGGAGGAGACUCCAAUGUCACAAAAUUGUUUUGCUGGCUGUGUUUC